GUUUUUUGCUUUUCGCAGUUGGAUUCCGUCAACUGUUUAGUACGUUGUGGUACAGUGGUUGUAGUGCGUUUGUUCUUUUUAAAACAAAAUAAAAAUAAAAACAAAAAACAUUAUAAUACCAAACACAUUUAUUGGAUACAUUCCCCAUCAUCAAUUUUUGGAUAAAUAUCUCUCUUUUAAAACAAAAAAAGAUCAAGAAUGGCCGAAAGCACUGAAACAAAUGGCUCCAAACCCCCAGUGGAAGAAAUCGCUCAAUUAGCGAUUGAAGAUCCACCAAAACCUGCAGCUUCCCUCCGCGAUAGUUUUAAGGCUUUUUCAAAGUUUGGUGAUACCAAAUCAGAUGGCAAAUUAAUAACACUUUCUCAGUCAGACAAAUGGAUGAAACAAGCCAAAGUAAUUGACAAAAAGAUUACCACAACUGAUACUGGAAUACAUUUCAAGAAAUUCAAAGCAAUGAAAAUCUCCUACGAUGAUUACAACAAAUAUCUAGAAGAUUUGGCUAAGGCCAAAAAAGUCGAUUUAGACGAAAUCAAGAAGAAACUCGCUGAAUGUGGUGCACCUGGAGUAUCACAAGUUUCAGCUGGAAAGGCAGCUGCGACAGUUGGUCGUUUAACUGAUACUUCAAAGUAUACCGGCUCCCACAAGGAACGUUUCGAUGAUUCGGGCAAAGGCAAGGGAAUUGCUGGACGUAAGAAUCUUGUAGAUGAUUCGGGAUAUGUUUCUGGAUACCAACAUAAGGACACGUACGAUAAAAGCCAUUAAACCCUGCCUUCUUUUUUUUUUACUGUUCUUAAUCAUUUUUUAAUUUGCUUACUUAAGAGGAGGUAUAUUCUCUCGUCGCCCUUUAUAUUUAUACUUCUUUUUCUUACAAAACCAAAAAAAAAAAACAAAACAAUCAAAUAGCUUUUCAUCAAUACUUUUGUAAAAUAAUUAAUUAUAUAUAAAAAUAUAUAUUUGUGAUAUUAA